UAUCUGAAGAAAUGGAUACUUCUCCAUCCAAAAAUUAUCCAGUUAAAAAACGGGUGAAAAUACAUCCCAACACGGUGAUGGUGAAAUACACUUCUCAUUAUCCCCAGCCUGGGGAUGAUGGAUAUGAAGAAAUUAAUGAAGAUUAUGGAAAUUUUAUGGAAGAAAAUCCAAAGAAAGGCCUGCUGAGUGAAAUGAAAAGAAAAGGAAGAACUUUUUUUGGAACCAUGGAUACCCAGCCUCCACCAGCAGAAGACCCCAUGACCAGUGAAAUUGGUCAAUUCCAGAGCUUUGCAGAAAAAAACAUUUUUCAAUCUAGAAAAAUGUGGAUAGUGCUUUUUGGAUCUGCUUUGGCUCAUGGAUGUGUAGCGCUUAUCACUAGGCUUGUUGCUGAUCGUUCUAAAGUUCCAUCUCUAGAACUGAUUUUUAUCCGUUCUAUCUUGCAGAUCUUAUCUGUGUUAGUUGUGUGUUACUACCAGGAGGCCCCCUUUGGCCCCAGUGGAUAUAGAUUACGACUUUUCUUUUAUGGUGUAUGCAAUGUCAUCUCUAUCACGUGUGCUUAUACAUCAUUUUCUAUAGUUCCUCCCAGCAAUGGGACCACUAUGUGGAGAGCCACAACCACAGUCUUCAGUGCCAUUUUGGCUUUUUUACUUGUAGAUGAGAAAAUGGCUUAUAUUGACAUGGCUACAGUUAUUUGUAGCAUCUUAGGUGUUUGCCUUGUCAUGAUCCCCAACAUAGUUAGUGAAAAAAAUUCCUUGUUAAAUGCUUGGAAAGAAGCCUUUGGAUAUACUAUGACUGUGAUGGCUGGGCUGACCACUGCUCUUUCAAUGAUAGUGUACAGAUCCAUUAAGGAGAAGAUCAGCAUGUGGACUGCACUGUUUACCUUUGGUUGGACUGGGACAGUCUGGGGAAUAUCAACUAUGUUCAUUUUUCAAGAACCCAUUAUGCCAUUAGAUGUAGAAACCUGGAGUUAUCUCAUUGCUAUAUGUGUCUGUUCUACUGCAGCAUUCUUAGGAGUUUAUUAUGCCUUGGACAAAUUCCAUCCAGCUUUGGUCAGCACAGUACAACAUCUGGAGAUUGUGGUAGCGAUGGUCUUGCAGCUUCUAGUGUUACACAUAUUUCCUAGUGUCUAUGAUGUCUUUGGAGGGGUUAUCAUUAUGAUUAGUGUUUUUGUCCUUGCUGGCUAUAAACUUUACUGGAGGAAUUUAAGGAGGCAGGAUUAUCAGGAAAUAUUAGACUCUCCCAUUAAAUGAAUACCUGAUUAUUAUCUUCUUAACCAUCAGUUAUUAAUAGAUACACUGCCACUUUAAUAUUCACCUUUGUCUUUUGUGUUGUAUAAUUGACAGAGUGCUAUAUAAUAUUUAACUAAUAUAAGCAGAUAUAGAAAAAUAUAUUCUAGUCUAAUAUAUUAAAAAACAAAUAUUAAAUAUGUGAAAUGUCAUGAAA